UACAGUGCAAAACAUCUUCAGCUAGCCAGAUAUUAGUUGCACUGCAACUAAAGCUCGACCGGUAAGUCGAGUCCAUCGACAGCUCCGUGUCAUUUCUAUUUCCAAAAAUGUGGUCCAAAAUAAAUUCAAAACUGGACGUACAACGGCAAGAAUGAAACGCUGCAGCUGUUCCAGGUAGACAAGUGGAUAGGCUGAAGACCUGUGUGGGUGUUUUGACGCAGUGUGAGCAUCUCUCACUCUCCUUUGCCCCAUCAUGCCCAUGCACUGGACCACAGCAGGUUGGCAUCUUUGUUCUGAAUAAAGGGAAGGUUUGCAGUGCCAGACCAGACCAUGAAUCUGCACCAGGUCCUCACGGGGGCUGUCAACCCUGGCGACAAUUGCUUCUCUGUGGGCAGUCUCAACAACGUGCCUUUCACGGCGUACGCCUCUGGCUGUGACAUUGUGAUUCUGGGAAGUGACUUUGAGAGGCUUCAAAUCAUUCCUGGUGCCAAGCAUGGGAACAUCCAGGUGGGCUGUGUGGACUGCUCUCCGCAGAGUGGACAGAUAGCAGCAUCCUAUGGAAACCUUGUGUGCGUGUUUGAGCCUGUCCCUCUGCAAAACCCAGAGAGCACUCAAACGCAGUUCAGCUACCAGUGGCAGAAGAGUGGACAAUUUACUUUGGAGACGUCGGCACACAACCUGGCUUGGAACCCCACAGGCCUGCAGCUCCUGACGGGCUCCAGCAGCCUCCAGCUGUGGGCCAGUGAGGGCUCCACCAAGGGGACACAAGAAGCACAGGAGGAGGCCUCCAACUCCCAAGACCAGAGCACAUGGAGAAGCAUAUGGCAAUGCAGAACGGCCUCACCCAUCCACUUCCUUAAAUUUUCACCUGGUGGAGAGUUUUUCGCCACAGCUGGCCAGGACGACUGCUUGGUGAAGGUGUGGUAUGGCACCAGCAGCUGGAAGUGGGACGCUGGUAAACUCUUCACUCCUCCAGAGCAGAGCUCUCUGGGGGGGCUCAACUUCUCCUUCAUCUACCUGGCCCACCCACGCUCCGUCACCGGCUUCUCCUGGAGGAAAACCAGCAAAUACAUGCCCAGAGGUGCUGUGUGUAACGUCCUGCUGACUUGCUGCAAGGACAGCGUUUGCCGUCUGUGGGCCGAGACCCUGUUGCCGAGUGACUCCCUGCUGUCCGGACUUAAGCACAACAACAAUAACCGUGGCAACCUCCAGAGCUACGGCGACCUGAGCCGGCUGGCCAGGGAUGGCAGGAGAGUCCCGUCCAAUGGCAGAGCACCGAACCUCCUCUCGACCAAUGGGAGAUCACCACAUCCACUUGAGCUGAACCUCCAUGAGUCGUGGGGUGGUUCCCAGCGCGGCGUGCUGGCCCACACCAGCCUCCUGCCCCAGCAGCAGGGCACACACUACAGCCACAAGCCCUCGCAGCCGCACGCCAACGCACUCUGCCACUUCCACAUCGCCGCCAGCAUCAACCCUGCCACCGACAUUCCUCUGCUGCCCUCCAUCUCGUCUCUUAACGGCACGGAUGAGGAAGAGCCGGGCGGCCCGUUCACCGUCCACUGGCUGCACAACAAGGAGCUGCAGUUCACCCUGGCCAUGGAGGUCUUGCUGCAGAUGUUACGCACCGCACAGGAGAACACAACCACAGAGUCCUUGGAGCGAGAGGAUGACUCGGAUGGGUGUGGUCCCCAGUCUCCCCCACUGUCGCCCCCGGUGACGGAGCAGCAGGCGCUGGACGUGGCGGCCAUCGAGCAGCAGGUGGAGCUGCUCCUGGAGGACUGGAACAGGAGCGCAGACAUGCUCUUCAGCAUCCACCCCACCGACGGCUCUCUGCUCGUCUGGCACACCGACUGGCUGGACGAGUACCAGCCGGGAAUGUUUCGCCAGGCUCAGGUGUCGUUCGUGUCCCGCAUCCCGGUGGCGUUCCCCACGGGCGACGCCAACUCGCUGGGCCGCAGCGUGGUCAUGUACGCCUGCAACAAGAACGUGGACCUUGCUAUCCAGCAGGGCCGACAGCAGCAGCAGAACCAGCAGAACCAGCAGCAGCAGCAGCAGCGCUCCUACGCCGAUGGCCUCACGCGCUCCUCCUCCCUCCUCUCCUUUUACGGCCAGGGCAAGCCCAGCGGCUCCUCCGCCGCCUCCUCCUCCUCCGCCUCGGGCGGCCUGCGCCUCAGCAUCUUCACGCCGAGCGUGCUGAUGAUCUCCAAGCACGCCGACGGCUCCCUCAACCAGUGGACGGUGAGCUUCGCCGAGGACUCGGCCUUCUCCACGGUGCUGAGCGUGUCGCAUCGCUCGCGCUACUGCGGCCACCGCUUCCACCUCAACCACCUGGCCUGCCACUCGCUGCUGCCGCUGCUGCUCACCACCUCGCACCACAACGCGCUCAAGCCCCAUCAUCAGCGGGCCAAUGGCGGUGCAGCUACUGCUGCGGUCCUAGGUGCAGUCACCAGCCCUGCUCACCACAACCAUCACGCCGGGGGCUCUCCUGCCCGCCAUCAAGGCCGGAGUUCGCUGGGAGCACCACCGCAGGACCCCAACGCCGUGUACAGCGAGCUGAUCCUGUGGCGGGUGGAGCCAGUGGGGCCGCUGUCUUUCUCGGGGGGAGUAUCUGAGCUGGCCCGGAUCAACUCGCUCCACGCAUCUGCUUUCGCCAACGUCGCCUGGCUGCCAGCGCUCAUACCCAGCAACUGCCUGGGUCAGUACGGCAGCUCGCCAAGUGCCUGUUUUGUGGCAAAUGACGGGCACUCCCUGCGCUUGUAUCAAGCCGUCAUCGAAGCAAAGAAGCUCCUGAGUGAAGUGUCCAAUCCUGAAAAUUCGAAAUCUGUAGGGGAAGCCUUCAACAUCAUCAGCCAACAGUCCACCGCACGCCCGGGCUGCAUCAUCGAGCUGGAUGUGAUCACAGACUUUCAAGGGAAGCAGACCCAGUUGCUGCACGUGUUUGAAGAGGAUCUGAUCCGAGGGGACCAGAGGAGUCCAGAUGAGGAACCACAGGAGGGAACGCCUACUGACUCUGCCUGUGGCCAACCCGUGUUCUCUGCGCGCUUUUUUCUGGUUGUGAUGGAGGCCACGGACACUGGACGCUCCCUCUUACACAUGUGGCAUCUCGAGCUCUCAGCCGAGCCGGUCUCUUCAGGCAAAGCCAGCACACCUGAGCGAGAGCAGAGUGGCUCUGCCUUCUCUGGCUUCCAGACCCCAGGAGGCUCUCCCCCAGCGCGGCCCCAGCGAGGUGGGGCAGGUCUGUGUGGCCUCCACGGUGCCUGCCGUCUGGCCCUGCGCAGCACGCGGGUCUACAGCCAAGAACUGGAGCUCCCCGCUGAGGUGGAGGUCAUCACAGUCACACCCGCUGCAGGUCAUCUCAGCUCCUCAUCUCUUCAGCCGGCCGGCCGAGCUCCCUACCUCCUGGCCACCUCCUGCUCUGACGGACAGGUGCGCUUCUGGAAGUGCGGCCUGGCAUCCAAACAGCUGCCAGACUGCCAGACGUCUCCAACACCACCAUCAUCAUCAUCGCCGUCGUAUGUAUGGGAGCAGUGGCCUCUUCUGGUGGAGGAGGGCUCGGCCAAUAGCAGCGCGAUCAGCAUCCGCAGCAGACCAAUCGCGGCCAGCUGUUGCCACACCAGCCGCGUGGCUGUGGCGUACCGCGACACGCCCACACAUCCUCCAGAGGCCGAGGAGGACAGCGGCCCGUUGCUGGUGAGCGUAUUUCAGUGCGAGUCCACAGGAGGCUCCCAGUGGAUUUUAGAGCAGACCUUGCAAGUAGAAUGCUCCACUGAUGCCAGCUGUGAACGAAGCCCAUCCACCGUCGUGCCCAAGAAUGGGAACGAUGGCGUCUCUGAGAAGAAGGGUCGCUUAAGCGGUCGGAAUGUCAUUCACCUGGACUGGGUGUCGCGGGAGGACGGCUCGCACGUCCUCACCGUCGGCGUGGGCUCGCGGCUGCACAUGUACGGGCCUCUCCUGGUCAAGCCGCCAGAGCUCGGCCUCUCCGACGGCGGCGCCGGCAGAGAAGGCGGGGCGGGCGCCUCCAGGCUGGUGCUCCUGCGAGCCGUGGACUUGGUGUCAUCGGUGGAGGGCUCGCCGCCCUUCCCCGUGUCCUUGUCCUGGGUGCGCGACGGGAUCCUGGUGGUGGGCAUGGAGUGCGAGAUGCACGUCUACUCCCAGUGGCAGCCGCCCACGCUGCCCAGCAGCUUCGCCGGCGCGGCCAAGCGAGCGGCAGACGCGGGUAGCGUGAGCUCGUUGUUCGCGGUCGCUAAACACAACAGCACAACAAACUCGCCGUCUCCGUCCGUGUCGUCUAGCAAGCCGCUGACAUCUGGUUCACUCACCAGUUUGGCACAGAAAUUGACCGGUAACGGAAACGGAAAGAGAGGCAGCCCUAGCCUUGAGCUCCCGGCCCAGCUGGAGGACAGCGGCCUGUUUGAAGCCGCGCACCAGCUAUCGCCUACCCUGCCCCAGUACCACCCCGUCCAACUGCUGGAGCUCAUGGACUUGGGGCGCGUGCAGAGGGUCAAGGCCAUCCUCUCCCACCUGGUCAAGUGCGUGGCUGGGGAGGUGGUGGUGCUGAAGGGGGAGGUGAGCGCCGGCGAGGGAGGCGAGUGGAGCGGAAGCCGGCAGCGCUCCCGGACUUUCAGCGGGGGCGGGAACACGUCGUCGUCGUCGCCGCGGGAUGCGAAGCUGUUUCAGCAGAGCGGUGCUGCGGAGAUCGAGUCCAUCCCGCCACUGCCUCUGUACGCCUUGCUGGCGGCCGACCACGACUCUACUGGGGGGAGCAGCACUUCCAAAGACGAGGCGGCCAGCGCUGGGCCUGAGAGCAGCCGAGGCCAAACAUCGAGCUCCCAAAGCGACCCUUCGAACAGCACCUAUGACCAGCUCUUCCAGUCUUCUGGAAUGCCGUCUACCUUGGACGAGCCCCCAGACCCAUUCCACGACGAUGAGGAGGAUGAAGAUGCGGAGAAGGCCAAGGUGAUAGACCUGUCACAGUACGGCCCUACAGCGUUUGGACCAGAUCACGCCCAGGUUUUGUCCAGCUACCUGCUUCACUCCAGCCUGCCAGGCUUGACCCGCAUGGAGCAGAUGUCCCUGAUGGCUCUGGCAGACACUGUGGCCUCAACCCGCACAGACAUCGAGGAGAGCCUCGGAAAGGGCCAGGGUGGUGAGACCCUGGACGAGUGUGGUCUGAGGUUCCUGCUGGCGGUGCGUCUGCACACCUUCCUGCAGACCUCGCUGCCCCCCGCCCAUCGCGCCCAGCUGCUGCUCCAGGGCCUGUCCACGUGCCACUACGCUUGGGCCUUCCACUCGGAGGCGGAGGAGGAGCUGCUGAACAUGGUGCCCGCGCUGCAGAAGGGCGACCCGGCGUGGCCGGAGCUCAGGGCCAUGGGCCUAGGCUGGUGGCUGCGCAGCACCACCCGGCUACGCCGCUGCAUCGAGAAGGUGGCCAAAGCUGCAUAUCAGAGGAAGAACGACCCCCUGGAUGCUGCUCUCUUCUAUCUGGCCAUGAAGAAGAAGGCCGUGGUGUGGGGCCUCUACAGGGCUCAGAAGAACACCAAGAUGACCGAGUUCUUCAGUCACACCUUCACGGAGGACCGCUGGAGACGGGCAGCGCUGAAGAAUGCCUACGCGUUGCUAGGGAAACAGCGUUUCCAGCACGCUGCUGCCUUUUUCCUGCUGGCGGGCUCUCUCAAGGAUGCCGUGGAGGUGUGUAUAGAGAAUCUCCAAGACUUGCAACUGGCCCUGGUCAUUUCCAGACUCUACGAGUCGGACUUUGAGACCUCGUCCACGUACAAACGCAUCCUCCAGAGACAUGUGCUGGGCCAGGACCCCCAGAUCCCCGCUCACUCUGACCCUUUCCUGCGCAGCAUGGCAUGCUGGGUACUCGACCGCUACCCACGGGCCCUGGACACACUUCUGGAGCCACCCAAGACAACAGAAGACCAGGCAGGUUUCAAGGAGUACACAGCACCGCCAGGACCCGUGACCGAGUCCUCCUGCAACCCCGAGGUCUUCAACUUCUACACCUUCCUGCGCACGCACCCCUUGCUGCUCCGCCGCCACCUGGGCUCGCGGGAGAAGGGUAGUGGGCGGGGCAAGGGUGGCGGACUGACUGCCGAGGGCCGGGAGGAGGACUCCGUCACGCUGGUGGAGCGGCGACUGUUUUUCACCGCCGCCUACUCACACCUGCAGGCAGGCUGCCCCCUGCUGGCCCUGGAGGUGCUGUCGCGACUCCCAAACGUCAUCAAGACCAGCAGCCCUCACGGAGCAGAUCAGGACCUGGACAGCCCGAUGUCUCCCAAGCAGAACAGCAGUGCCACCGAGCCCGACUGGUCGCAGCCUUUGUUCAACGGCUUUGGCGGGUCGUCGUCACUGUGCUGCGAUUCCCCGUGCUCAGGCUCAGGCGUUCACAGCCGCUCGGACUCGGCUUUGAGCUUCGACUGGAGCCAGCCGUCCGCCAGCAUGGUGGAGGAGCCCCUCAACCUUAAGUGGGACAGUGACAAAGACGAGGAGGAGGAGGAGGAGGAGGAGGGGGAGGGCGAGGACGACAAAAAGCCCGUAGAGGUGGAUUCUAAAAAAAUCAACGAAGUUCACGAUUUGUCUCUAAACUUCCCGGAGCCGUCGUCCACCUCCAGUCCCCCACAGUUGUCAUCAGAGGCGGUGUCCAGCCCAAUCCCUCGGGCUCUCGCAGGUGAGGACAUCCUGGCCGCGCAGCUGAAGUUCCGCGCCUGCCUGAAGCUGCUGACCUCGGAGCUGCGCACGUUGGCGUCCGGCUGCCCGCUGGAGGGGGCUCGCCUGCGCCACCUCCUGGCCCUCUGGCUGCAGCGCGAGGUGGAGGCCUUGUAUCGCUGCUGUGGCUACAGUCCCUGCACCUCCACCAUCACCAGCACAGAGUCCUCCAGGGGCGAUGCCAGCCACCUGAGCCUCUUCAACCCCGUCACAGAGGCCUCGUCUGGGGAAGCGGAGGAGGCGAGUAGGGUGGAGGCGGAGGCCCAGGGCAGGAGGCGGUGGCUGCAGACCAACCAGCAGCUGCUGAGGAUCUUCCUGAGCUACUGCAGCCUGCACGGCUCCCACGGAGGAGGACUGGCCUCCGUACACAUGGAGCUCAUCCUGCUGCUGCAGGAGUCUCAGCAGGAUGACGAGCAGUGUUUGGCCGUGAUUGUCCCCUCCCCUCCUGCUCCUGCUCCUGCUCCUGCUCCUGCCACCAUCCCCCUGCUCCUGUCCUGCAUGGGGGGCUCCCGGACGGUGGUGGCCAACCCCCUGUCCCACCUCACCAGCCUCACACACGACAUCCUGCGCACCAUCAACGCGCUCGACUCCCCGCCACACCCAGACUCCGUCAGCUGCAAGAUCAAUGUAAUGCAUGUCCUGGCCGCCUCCCUGUCUGCCUGCAUCUACCAGUGUCUAUGUGACGGACACCUGCACAGUCAGGUGAAUGGACUUGUGGGAUCGUUGUACCAGAGUGCUCAGCCUUCCAACACACUGAGACGUGGCGUCAGUUCCCAGGAGACUGUUAUUCCCAACACACCGCCAGCACAAUGGCCAGGUGUGGCUGCACUGGUGCGUCUUCUGAGCGUGUGCGGAGGAGAGGAGGGCCGAGCGGGACUGGGCUUGCUGCUCUGUGAGGUUCUGACGGCGGUGUUCCUCAGCCUGUUUGUGCAUGGCCUGGCCACCCACUCGAGCGCCCAGCUCUUCCGCGUGCUCGCUCACCCGCUCAAUGGCAAGAUGUGGGUGGCCGUAUUUGGGGGAGGGGCACGCCUGCCUGUGGUCACGCCAGAUCACCCCAAAGUGGCUGUAUCCCAGGAGGAUCUGGACAGAAAACAGAAGCGAUUUCGGCUGCGCUCGUCACGCAGCGGCUCACGAGAAGCACCAGCCGAGAGUCCGCCCAGCCCCCGAAGCCCGCCCUCAGAGUCUAGCCCCUCCAGCAUCAUCGAGCGCUUCAUCCCGCCCGAGCUAAGCAUCUGGGACUAUUUCAUCGCAAAGCCAUUCCUGCUACCCUCGGAGAGUAGACUUGAGUACGACUCCGAGGAGAGUGUAGAGAGUGAUGAAGAUGAAGAUGAGGAAGAUGAUGGCACUGACACUUUUGAGUCUGGCUCCUCCCCUCUGCGAGAACAUUCCAACCACAAUUCCUACAGCUGGUGUCUAAUGCGUCUAGCUAUGGUCCAGAUGGUUCUGGCCAGUCUGAGGUCCUUUUAUCCAAUGGCAGGCCACGAUCUCAUGGAUCUGCCGGUGGGUUCUCCGCUGUGCCAUGCGGUGCUGAAGACGCUGCAGCGGUGGGAGCAGGUGCUGCUGAAGAGGCUGGAGAUCUUCGGGGGUCCUCCGCCCAAAUACAUCUCCACUCACUCCCACGACGACUCGGCCACGCCUGGACCUGCUCUGCUCCGCCACAAGGCUCUCUUCGAACCCUCCAACACUCCUUUCAGGUCCCAGCAGCACUCAGCGCUGCCUGUGCGUCGUCUGUGGCAGUACCUGGUGAAGCAGGAAGAAGUUCAGGAGACCUUCAUCCGCAAUAUCUUCACCAAGAAGAGGGACCAGAACGAGUCAUUCGAAGACAGCAGGCAUAAUGGAACAUUGUCAGGCACGGAGGAGUCUAACCUGAACCAGAUCGAAGCUGAUCUGGGAUACCCUGGUGGAAAGGCCCGAAUCAUUCACAAGGAGUCGGACAUAAUCACAGCCUUCGCCAUCAACAAGGCCAACCGCAACUGCCUUGUGAUCGCCUCCACCCACGACAUCCAGGAGCUGGAUGUGUCCUCCAUCUUGGCUACACAAAUCCUCACCUGGAUCGAUGAUGAACCUGAGGUUGAGACCAAAGGGGGUGAUGAGUUUCUGGUGGUGCAUGCCCGAGACGACUUUGCCACGCUGCAUGGCACCACCCCGUACACACACAGCAGCCCUGGGACCCCCAUCAACCUGCCCUGGCUCGGCAGCAUGCAGACGGGACGAGGGGCGGCCGUGCUGAUCAAGCGGAACAUCAACAAUGUCAGGAGGAUGGCAUCCCACCCAACGCUACCCUACUACCUCACUGGUGCUCAAGACGGCAGUGUGCGGAUGUUUGAAUGGGGCCACCAGCAGCAGAUCACCUGCUUCAGGAGCCCCGGCAACUCCAGAGUCACACGCAUCCGCUUCAAUUACCAGGGCAACAAGUUUGGCAUCGUGGAUGCAGAUGGUGCCUUGAGCUUGUGGCAAACCAACACGACUGGGAACACCCCCAAACCCUUCCUGACUCUGCAGUGCCAUAAUAAGACUGGUCAUGACUUCGUUUUCGUGGGUUCAUCUUCCCUCAUCGCUACAGCAGGGUUCUCCACGGACAACAGGAACGUGUGUUUGUGGGAUACUCUGGUUACACCGGCCAAAAGCUUAGUCCACGCCUUCUGCUGUCAUGAGUCGGGGGCGACCGUUCUGGCCGUGGCCCCUAAGCAGCAGCUGCUGUUGGCCGGUGGCCGGAGAGGCUACAUCAGUGUCUUCGACCUCACCCAGCGGCUGCACCGCCAGAGCUUCCAGGCCCACGACUCGCCUGUCAAGGCCCUGGCUGUGGAGCCCACCGAGGGCUGCUUCAUCAGCGGCUCUGCUGAGGGCAACAUCAAGGUGUGGAAUCUGCCAACCCAAACGCUGCUCCACAACUUCCCCAGCGAGCAUGCACGCCAGUCCAUCUUCCGCAACCUGGGCACGGGCGUGAUGCAGAUCGAGGCGGCGCCGUCCAAUCAGGUCUUCUCCUGUGGAGCCGACGGAACCAUGAAGCUGCGUGUCCUGCCGGACCGCCUCAGCGUGCAGGCCAGCCGAGCUCGCAACAACGUCAAGUUCAUCAUCUGAACACGCCACAUGCUGCGUUAGGAAUCUCAAGGUCGUCAUGUGAGCACACGACAUGUUGCAUUAAGGGAUCUCAAGGUCGUCAUCUGAAGACACACACACACACACACAAUUUGAGUUAACAAUGUCAAGGUAUGAACACGCAUAUGAACACGCCUCAUUCUCCAUUUGACAAGCACAGAUUAUGUCAAGGAAAGCUAAUUCAUCAUUCCAAACCAUUAUUGCCGAAGUAGAAUACUAGUACUCUAAUACCAGGAGUAUUUCACGGCUAGUCAUGAUAAAACAAAGGCUUCUUCAGGCUGUUCCUGAAUCUGAAGGGAAUGUUGGCCUGUUCUUUGAUCCUCAUCGCGUCUGUUUUGGAAUGGAAAGCAUCAGCCUGUUGGAGUUGUGUCAUUACCGUGGCUUGAGGUCUUAUCCAGCAGCUCAACAUCUGGAACCUUCAGAAGUCAUAAAGGGGGAGAGCCACCCUGAGCAGUAGCAGGAUACAUGAAGAGACACACACACGCACACACACACGCACAGAGCUGCCCCAAGCCAAACCUGAGGGGAAAAGGAUGUUGCACAUACUGUACACAGACGUUACGGAAGCAGCGCAACCAUGGCAGCAGCAGUCUCAUGCAUACCAACGCAGAUACUGUACACUGUAAAAAGAGAAAAGAAAAAGAGUAUCAUGGCGAAGAGGUUUAUACAGCACAAAGACAUGAGAACCCCCGCAAUGGAAACCACUUACCUGCUCUUACUUACUGUAGCUACCCUGUAAUAAUGAGAGCCUUAAGUCAUCCACAGUAUAAGACUGUGUUAGUGGUAUAUUUGUGAGUGUGUAGUGUAUAGACGAACUGAUAAGUGUCCUUAUUAUAACCUUGCAUCUAUUUUAUUAGGAUAGUCGGAUCACAUGGUACAAUUAUACUUGAGCAAUUUAGAAGAUUCAUGGUUUGUGUGGGGUUGGGACGGGGGGGGGGGCAAAAAAAAAGAAGAAAUCAAGGCACUUUCUCGUUAUGGAUAAAGACUUCUUAGUCGUGAGCAGUCCUUGCACAGGUAACCUUGUAAUAAGUCGUUAAACACAUGAAAAAAUAAGCAACGUGGAAAUCCUAUGUUUCUCAAGCUUAAUACCCAUGUUUAACUACCAGUGUCCCAGCUUUACCAGAUGGGUUGAUGGGCCAUAACCAUAUUCCUGUUGUGCGUGUGUUGAGGGGGUGAUGAGUGGUUGUGUUUUUAAUUUCCUUAAUAAUAAUAAUCAGGACUGUGCUUUUUUUCUUGUUGCCAAAAAUGUAACUUAAAUAGCAUCCUAAUUGCCUUGAGAGAAUUGGUCAUAUGAAAGAUGUUGCAGAGGGAGGUUUGAAGGUCCCAAUGAGUAAUUUUAGUAGUUAAUUUCCAAAAAAACAGCCCAUUCACAAGUUUGAUCUUUUCUUGAAUAUGUAGUACCGGUAAGUAAAUAAAUACUAACCGGUCUGUCCAGAGUAGGUUUUUCAGCACAAAGUAUGUCGAUAAUUGGUAAUUCAAAAUGACGGAUUUAUAUUGACACAGGUUGCACCUAUUCAUGUAUGAAAAGUUUAAAUUUCCAACUCAUGAUAAAUCAUUUCAAAUUGAUAGUUGCACUAAAUAUUCAUGAAACAUAACAUUUGUGAAUGGGCAGCAUCAUUUCUGGAAAUGAACUCCUAAAAAAAAAAUAUCACUGUAGACUCAAGACCUUUAAGCUAUCAUGUUAAUGAGGUUGUGUCAAGGACAAACAGAAGAGCCGAGGAAACUUUUUGCUUAUGAAGUGAAAUGUGACUGCACUCAUAAAGGCGCCUAUCAGAUUAAAAAAAAAUGCUACAGUACUUAGAGGAAGCUGUAUAUUUGCUCCCUGUUUGGAGAUAAAUAAAAUAUGAAUUUUAUGGUAAUCAUGAUUUUCUUUCUGUAAAUGUAUAGAAUACAUGAGGACAUGUUGAAAAUGAUGUAAAAGAACUCUUAACAUUUUACUGCUGUCUGUGCUUUACGUUUUCUAUUGAAAAUGUGUCGUAUUUAUUAGCUAUAUGCCUUAUAAUAAGUUAAGGAGUGGCAUGUGUGCAUUUUUUUU